CGGCCCCGGUAACUUGUUUUUCCCCGGAGCAGCUAUGAGCAAGCGAAACCAGGUUUCGUACGUGCGGCCAGCCGAACCGGCGUUCCUGGCUCGCUUCAAGGAACAGGUCGGCUACAGGGAAGGGCCUACCGUGGAAACCAAGAGAAUCCAGCCUCAGCUCCCAGAUGAAGAUGGUGAUCACAGUGACAAAGAAGAUGAACAGCCCCAAGUGGUGGUUUUAAAAAAGGGAGACCUGUCAGUUGAAGAAGUCAAGAAAAUUAAAGCAGAAAUAAAGGCUGCCAAAGCAGAUGAAGAACCAGCUAUAGUUGAUGGAAGAAUCAUGUAUCGAAAACCAGUCAAACGUUCCUCGGAUGAAAAAUAUUCCGAUUUAACAGCAAGCUCAAAAAAGAGGAAGGCAAAUGAAGAUGAAAUAAAUAAGCAGGACUCAGUUAAAAAGAACUCACAAAAGCAAAUCAAAAACAGUUGCCUCCUUUCUUUUGACAAUGAAGAUGAAACUGAGUCUCAUUCAACCGAUAUGGGUGUCGUGUGCGGUGGUGGUGGGGUCAGUGGGUAGAAAUACCACUCUGAGUGUCCACAUGAUCCAGGAGGAGAAAAGCCCACUUCUCCAUUCAUCAAUCUAUUCAACUCAGUGCCUUGUAUUCUCAUUAGGGAAGCCUCUAAUGAAUUAGUGUUCAAAUGGGACUAUAGGGUACAUGUCUGCCUUACACCAUAGCUUCUGAGUCUGUGAUAUUAAAUGAGGAACUGCAGAGGAUACAUGGCCAGUCUUCAGAAAAUAAAGGAAUGAAACAUUCUCACAAGUGGUUUUUUCCACAGAAAAAUAUUAAUCAUCAGACACAACUAAAUAUAUGCAACACAUAGUUAAAUUUUAACAUUAUGUUUGACAGUGAUGCACCUUUUCUCAGAAAUAAUUAUUUAAUCUGUUCACACCCUUUU